GGCGCAACUUUUGUGUCUUUGCAAACCUUGCGCCUUAAGCCGAAGGGCUUCAAGCGAACCUUCACCUAUGGCUUCCCCACCGACGAAGUCAAACGCUUCGUCCUGAACUUUUGCAUCGUGCAUUUCUUGGCCCGCGACCUGCAGCUCCAGGACGGCCUGUAUCCCAACAGCGACGAUGAGGACGUGGCGGACGACGUGGACUUGGCGCUGGAUGAAGAUGACCUUGUCCUCGCCACCCUGACGCACGUCCGGGGAGGCGGCAAAGCACACGGCAGCCAGGAAGAUGAGCUGAUCGUUGAGGAGGAGGAGGAGGAAAACGGCGAGGCAGGAGUGCAGAACAAGUGCUCCACGCUGUUUGAGCUCACCAUGCAGAUGUUCCAACUUUCGAGCUCGAUCUGGCUAGCACCAGACCGCGCGCAGCAAGCAGAUGCAAAUGCACAGGCGAGGCAUCAGAACAUGUUACAGGCUGGCCAGGUACGCGACCACGCGGUCGCCAGGAAAGCUGCCGCAGCAGCCAAGAAGGAAGAGGAUGCGCAUGAGGAUAGGGUGGUAGGCCUCUUGGCUCAAGCGGGCAAAGAAGAAGGCCCGUGGAUCAAGGAGGGCGCGCGUGUGACCAAAGCAGCUUUGCAGGCAUGGCUGGAAAGUGAGGAGGUACGCAGGGGCACCAACCGUAUGCAGCACGAGUUCUUGAAGCUUGUGGUGGAUAGAGUGAUGGUGGAGCUAGGCUUGAUCAGCCAGGUGCCUCGCGCUGUCCGUGACCCUCAUGGGGAAGGUGCACCGGAGAACGCGCUGGGGGACCACGGCAAGCAACUCUUUUGGGCCGGCGCCGUGCAGGGCAUCACGGAGCUCGUUGACCGGGAGCGUUGCAAGGACGAAUGGUGGACCGAAGUCAGCGACGAGGUGCGGCAUGGGCGCCUUUCGGACAAGAACCACAAGUACUUGCACGGCUUGCCAGUGGAGGGCUGCACCUUGAGUGAAGAAGAGCGGCUUUCGAGGAAACGCGUCAUAGAGGGGCCCAAUGAUCUGCGACUCCAAGAGGCAAGAUUCAAAGAGGCCAUGGCGGUGGUUGCCAACAACGACGCACGCUACCAGAUCAACAAGGACAGGGCGAAGAACUACAGCCAAGCAUCUGGAGCCCCAUUGUAUUGGUCCGUUGCCCAUGAUGAAGCAACCUCGGCGGCACUGCAGGCAGACCCGUGUGGUUGUAGUAUCACGACCGAGAUACAGGUCUGUGGUGUGCUGCCUCUGGCCAUUGGCAUGCCCGUUGCCUUGACGCACCACUUGAACCGGUCGCCGGACAAGAUGCUCCUGAAAGGUACUAGGGGCUAUGUGCACUCUUGGGUCAUGCGCAAGCGCAAGCUCGACGCGGCCAUCAAAUAUCCGUGCAGCAUCUGCAAGCUGGCCAAGAUCGAGGAUGCUUUCCCAAGAGCUCAAUUGAAGCAAGGAGAUGGCAAGAAAUGCCUUGCCUGCUGCAAGAAGGCUGACAUCCUGCGGUGUGUUCAUUGUGGCGACAGCAAAAGCAUUGAAUACUUCAAUGCCACCAUGGUCACCUUCCCGGCCGGAGGCGUGGUAUGCAAAGCUUGUCAAGAUGCCAUGAAGGACAGGGUCGACAAGAAGGAGCGCAAGAAUUGGUUCACGUGCCGCGGCUGCAGGCAAAUCUUUCCUGCUGCAGCCAGCAGCAAGCAGUCGGACCACCAGCACUGCCUCAACUGCGCAUCCCGGGGCACCCGGCAGAAGGACGAACAGACCUGCCGCAGCUGCAAGUCCAAGUGGCAUGAAAAGCAAGUGAAGGGCAAGAAGCGCGCCCGGUACUGCCUGAGGUGCCGCCGUAAGUAG